AUGUCCUUCUCCACCCAGGUCGCAUCCCGCUGCGCUAGACAGCUCUCCGGCUCCGUCCGCCCGUCCUCCCUGCGCAUUGUGACCUCCGCUACACACCUCACAGCCCGGCGCACACCUAGCAGCCGGCGAUGCGAAUCCACCCAGGCAACCCCUGCUGCUGCUACCAACCCUAAGAUCUCCCAGAUUGUCGACCAGAUCAGCACAUUGACUUUGCUCGAGACUGCCGAUCUAGUUUCUAGCUUGAAGACCCGCCUGAACAUCCCCGAUCUUCCCGUUGGCGGUUUCGCCAUGGCUGCUGGUGGUGCCCCCGGUGCGGCCGCUGCCGUUGAAGAGGAGGAGGCUGCUCCCGCCGCUGCCGAGAAGACGCUGUUCAACCUGAAGCUCGAGUCGUUCGAGCCUACCUCCAAGCCCAAGGUCAUCAAGGAGAUCAAGACCAUGCUCGGCCUGUCGCUGGUGGACAGCAAGAAGUUUGUCGAGUCUGCGCCUAAGAUUCUGAAGGAGUCUGUGCCCAAGGAGGAGGCGGAGAAGCUCAUUGAGACGUUCAAGGCGAUCGGUGCCAAGGCGACUAUGGACAACACAGCUCCCUUGAAACGACCCUUCCACACCACUCAAAUUCGAUCAGCUAUCAGGCCUUCUCGCAAAGCACCAUCUGUUCGAAAAGAAGAGAGGAGGGGCGUACCCCGGAAUGAGUUGAUAGCCCGAGGUGGAGUGAAACUAGACCGUGAUGGGUUUUGGAAUAGUUAUUGUACUGCGCAUGUUGAACCAACGUUGGCUGAAUUUAAGCAAUUCACUCGCCAACUUUAUGAGACGUAUAAGAACUUUAUACCGCCAGGUGUCAACCUGGCGACGUUCGCAUCUGUGGGUGAACAGUUGAUCAGGCUAUCGCACUCACAGCUCCCUUCCGCAAGUCUUGUUCGGAGUAUCUCAAUAGAUGUCGAUGCCGUUUAUCGAAUCUCGCUUAUUCUUGCAGAUCUUCAGAAAGGCCAGUUCAUUUAUCAAUGGGCGUUGACCAGCUGCGCAAAAGCAAAUUCGCGCCGAGCCCUUGUCGAACUCGUGAACCGGUAUAUCAGUACAGAAGGUGUGGACAUUUACCAGAACACCGAGUGCAUAGCGAAGGUCAAAGACUUGGCUCUCAAAGAUGAAUUCCCUCAUGCAAUUAUGCUAUAUGCCAAACUGCUCAUCUGGCGUGGCGAGAAUGCAGAAGCCGCCCGGCUGCUCGAGCAGAAGAUUCUACCAUUUCUACAACCAACUCGCAAACAACCUACCCUUUGGGAGGAUAUUAAGUUAUUGGACAAUUUCGAUUCGCCCUGGCGGAUGUACGCUGUUGCUAUUGAGAAAGAACAGGGUCUAGCGGGCAUCCAGAAGGCUACGCGCCGAGCCGCCGUGGAGUUCCAUGACCCGAUCGCCAUGGCUGACUUUGCCAUCUCGGUGUUGGAAACGGAGGCCCCCGACAAAUUCGAGGUUUAUGAGUCGUACAUGGCCGCCGCUGCAUUGGGGGGACACACUCCAGCCUGCUUUCACCUUGCCAAUUUCUAUUAUCGUACCUCUCAAGGCGAAUUCACCACCGAAGCAGAGAGAAACGCCAAAAAGAGGGAGGAGGCUAACGCCGCGCGUAACGCCUUCUUGCAACGGUUCGAACCUAUCGCUAAUUGGAUUUAUACGAUAUUCAACCAACCCAUGGAUCGCAAAACAUACCGCAUGCUCGCGAUGGACUGGUACGAGCUUGCUUUUGAUAAGGGAAGCAACGAGGCUGGGUAUAUCCUGGCGAUGCUCUUCCGCGAGGAUGGUAAUAUGGAGAAGAGCCGUGAGGUGUACAACCUUACUGCUCAGAAGGGCCUUCCGACCUUGUUGUCGAAGAAAGGCCUGGUGGAGAUGAAGGAGAAGUGGGAAGAUCAGACCUUCCAACCUGGCUUGCCUCCUCAGCUGUUGAGGCUUGCUUAG